GUGGCGGUGGGCGGGCCUCUCCCGUCCAUUGUUCUCUGUACCCCAUGGGCUUGAGCUGAGGUGAAUCUAGAGGGGCCGGGCCGGGCCGAGGGGCGCUUUUGAACGCUGAGCGACUUGGGGAACCGGAUCUGGUCCCUGGAGAGGCGAGCGAGAGAGGCAGCAGUGUUUCUUGUUGAGAUUGGAAGAAGGAGUUGCCUUCUCGAAGAGAGCCUGCCUGGAGACACAGGUGUAAGGCUUGAAGCCUGGGUGAUCAUCCAGGAAGUUGGACAAUGGCAGCCGAAGAGCAAGAAGUGACCACUCUCCUCAGCCCUUUGGUUCAGGUACCUCAAGAAGAGGAAGAUGAACAGGCAGAGGUCUCCACUAUGAUCCUAGAGGAUGAUUCAUGGGUGCAGGAAGCAGUACUGCAGGAGGAUGGCCCUGAGUCUGAGCCCUUUCCCCAGAAUGCUGGGAAGGACAGCCCCCAGGAGGAGGGUGCAGCCGGGGGACCUCAGGGUGCACUGGUACGGUUUCGGGAGCUCUGUCGGCGCUGGCUGAGGCCAGAGGUACACACUAAGGAGCAGAUGCUAACUGUGCUGCCAAGGGAAAUUCAGGCCUGGCUGCAAGAGCAUCGGCCUGAGAGCAGUGAGGAGGCUGUGGCCCUGGUGGAAGACUUGACCCAGACUUUUCGGAACAGUGAUUUUGAGAUACAGAGUGAGAAUGGAGAGAACUCAAAUCAAGACAUGUUUGAGGAUGUGGAAUCGCAUGGAACGUUCUUGAAAAUGCCCGGAGAGGACGGAGAUCAGCAAUCUGAUGGGGAGAGUGACUUUGAGAGAGACUAUGGCCCUGGGGGCGCCCAGGGAAAUGCCCCCGGUGAGGACCACAGGGACAUGCCAUCCGAAAGCAGGGAAGUUGGCCAGCUGAUAGGCCUUCAGGGCACCUACCUGGGUGAGAAGCCUUAUGAAUGUCCCCAGUGUGGGAAAACUUUUAGCCGGAAGUCCCACCUCAUCACACACGAACGGACCCACACAGGCGAGAAACACUACAAAUGUGAUGAGUGCGGGAAGAGCUUUAGUGAUGGCUCAAACUUUAGUAGACACCAAACGACACACACCGGGGAGAAACCUUACAAAUGUAGGGACUGCGGGAAGAGCUUUAGCCGGAGUGCAAACCUGAUCACCCACCAGAGGAUCCACACUGGCGAGAAGCCUUUCCAGUGUGCCGAGUGUGGCAAGAGCUUCAGCAGGAGCCCCAACCUCAUCGCGCAUCAGCGCACACACACAGGUGAAAAGCCCUACUCCUGCCCCGAGUGUGGGAAGAGCUUUGGCAACCGGUCCAGCCUUAAUACUCACCAGGGAAUCCACACUGGAGAAAAACCCUACGCGUGUAAGGAAUGUGGCGAAAGCUUCAGUUACAACUCCAACCUGAUCAGACACCAGAGAAUCCACACAGGAGAGAAACCAUACAAAUGUACAGACUGCGGACAAAAGUUCAGCCAGAGCUCAGCGCUCAUCACCCACCGGAGAACACACACGGGAGAAAAACCCUACCAGUGCAGCGAGUGCGGCAAGAGCUUCAGCCGCAGCUCCAACCUGGCCACUCACCGGCGAACCCACAUGGUGGAGAAGCCCUACAAGUGCGGGGUGUGUGGGAAGAGCUUCAGCCAGAGCUCCAGCCUGAUCGCGCACCAGGGCGUGCACACGGGCGAGAAGCCCUACGAGUGCCUUACGUGCGGAGAGAGCUUCAGCUGGAGUUCCAACCUCAUCAAGCACCAGAGGGUUCACACCGGCGAGAAGCCCUACAAAUGCGGAGACUGCGGGAAGUGCUUCAGCCAGCGCUCGCAGCUGGUGGUGCACCAGCGGACUCACACGGGUGAGAAGCCCUAUAAGUGCCUCAUGUGUGGCAAGCGCUUCAGCCGGGGCUCCAUUUUAGUGAUGCACCAGAGAGCCCACUUGGGAGAUAAGCCUUAUAGGUGUCCCGAGUGCGGCAAAGGCUUCAGCUGGAAUUCGGUUCUCAUCAUUCACCAGCGAAUUCACACAGGAGAGAAGCCCUACAAAUGCCCCGACUGUGGCAAAGGAUUCAGCAAUAGCUCCAACUUCAUUACACACCAGAGGACUCACCUGAAAGAGAAACUUUACUAAAGUGGCAGGAAAGUGAAGGGACAUGCGGAGCUGACUCUGAAGGGAGAAUUCCCACAGUGCCCCCAAUGGCGUCCCUUUAAAAGCGUCGUUUUUCCUAAACACCCUUGGGAAUCUUGCCAGAACCAUACCGUUUGUCCUCAUUUCUAGGACAUUGUUACCUUGUUAGAGCCCUGUGCAGUUCCAGAAUGGAGUGUAGGAGUGGAAGUUUGGAAGUAUAGGUCUUCUCUGUUGUAUUUCGUGAUUUGAUUGGCACCCCCUCUUUACAGUCCUCUGUGCUUCUGUUCCCCUGAAAUGGGGAGGUAUUUCUCCAUAUGGGAUGACAGGCAGUCUGUCUGCAGUCUAGGCUGAGCCCUCCUGGAUAUACUGGACACCAGUUGUGUGCUUCUGAGUGUUUUGCUGUCUAUUCACCUUGUCCCGUUAGGUGCCUUUACCCUAAGCUGCUAGCAUCCCAGGUUCCCCACCCUGGGUCAGGCUCCACUCGUGAUGGCCUUUGUGUCAGGUCAGGAUGAUGGGUCUCCAAUUCUGAAUCAUCCAUAUGAAGACAACUCCCUUUUCUAGUUUCAGAAAGUGUACAGAACACAGUUUGUGUACAGAACUGAUGUCCCAGGGUCUCUUCCAUUGAUAAGAGAGACAGUGAAGAAAGGUAUCAACUUAUAUUUGUGUACCUGCUUUUGUGUUUCCAUACAGUCCUAUAUUAAGUUGGCUGUGUGGGACACCUGACCUCCAGCUGUCUGAUAGGUGAAACAGUUCUGUGUGCCAUGUAAGCAUUUCUGAAUCA